UACACAGCCUGUAGGAGUAGGUGACCGUCACAGAGACCACUUCAACUAUUAAAGGGCGGCUUUUGUCAGUGCGCAACGUUUGGAAAUCUUGUCUUUUUGGAGAGCAAACAUAUCCGCCUCAGUAAAAUGGCUUCUUUCAGAGGACUUGUCAGUCUUUUAUUUGUGAAAUUCGUGUCAAGCGGUGUCUUUUGACCGACUUACCGGAGCGCUCAGAAUAAAGUUUCUCAUGGUGCACUUUAUCCUGAAGCAGCACAGCGCGCUACCGGAAUCAGAAAUGAAAGCAGGACCGACACUAUUUUGCGCAUUUCUCUUUAGGAAGUAUUUCAAAUGGCUUGAUACACGAGUCUUUUCUCGCUUUUGAUCUGCGGCUGCGACAGAUAACCGCGCACUCGGACUGACUUUGGUUCCCAUUACAUCUAUUCUACAUUUGGAUACGCGACUGAAGCUCCAAGCCAGACACACUUGGGACUCCGGAGAGCACAGCGGGACAACACCAUGACCAGCUGCUGGCUUGCCUUGGUCGGAUUGUGGUGGAGCGCUUAUUACUUCAUGUUCCUGGUCGCGGGGAGUAAUUAUUCACUGGAUGGAAACAACGAAGUGCACCCGGGUUUCAUCCACCGGCGGCUGCGGACGCACGAGAAGAGGGAGAUGCAGAAGGAGAUCCUGUCCAUCCUCGGGCUGCCGCACAGACCGAGACCGCAUCUGUCACAUGGAAAGUACAACUCCGCUCCACUUUUCAUGUUGGACUUAUACAACACCAUCUCUAGCGAGGAGAAAAGCCAAGUGGAAGGCAUGCUGGACCAGUAUCAGUCCAUGCGGACGACCCAGAGUCCUCCUCUGGCCACAUAUCAAGAAACUGCCUUUCUAAAUGACGCAGAUAUGGUGAUGAGCUUCGUUAAUCUAGUGGAGUACGACAGGGAGCUCUCUCCGCAGCGGCGUCACCACAAGGAGUUUAAGUUCAACCUCUCACAGAUCCCAGAGGGCGAGGCCGUGACCGCAGCAGAGUUCCGCCUCUACAAGGAGUGUGUGAGCCGCGCCUUCCGCAACGACACCUUCCUACUCAAAGUGUACCAGGUGGUCAAGGAGCACCCUGACAGAGAGGCAGACCUGUUCCUGCUGGAGUCUCGCAGGCUGUGGGCGGCUGAGGAGGGCUGGCUGGAGUUUGACAUCACUGCCACCAGCAACCUGUGGGUGAUGAGCCCAGUACACAAUCUGGGCCUGCAGGUCAGCGUGGAGACCAGCAGUGGGCAGAGCAUCAGCUCCAAGGAUGCGGGGCUCGUAGGACGUGACGGUGCACUGGAGAAGCAGCCUUUCAUGGUGGCGUUCUUUAAAGUCAGUGAAGUGCAUAUCCGCACUGCCCGCUCCACUGGCGGAAAACGUCGCCAGCAGAACCGCAACCGAUCCACGCAACCACAGGAGGGAUCCAGAGGAAUAGGCCCAGCAGAUUAUAACAGCAGCGAUCAGAAGACGGCAUGCAGAAGACAUGAGCUCUACGUGAGCUUCAGAGAGCUGGGCUGGCAGGACUGGAUCAUUGCUCCUGAAGGCUACGCAGCCAACUACUGUGAUGGAGAGUGCUCCUUCCCCCUUAAUGCCCACAUGAACGCCACCAACCACGCCAUUGUACAGACCCUGGUGCACCUGAUGAACCCAGAGAACGUACCAAAGCCAUGCUGUGCCCCCACCAAGCUCCACGCAAUCUCAGUGCUCUACUUUGACGACAACUCCAACGUCAUACUCAAGAAAUACAAGAACAUGGUGGUACGUGCCUGCGGCUGCCACUGACACCAACAUCGAGGGCUAAUGACGCUUGAUUAAAAGUUGGGUUGGCAAAGGGCUGCGACUGCACCAGUGACUCCUGGGUGAUGUUGACCUCAACUGGACACCAGCUUCCUGCCCAAAUCCUCCGCCUGCAAGGAAUAUCCACCCUGAAAGAUCAUUUAUAUGUUCUACACCGAUAAUUUUGGACAGUUCAAAACAUCCGUCUAAUAACAUGAACAUUUGUCUUCAUCAAACUACGAGGGGACCAUUAUGGGUGUCGUCUUUUGGCAACUUCACCCUACUCCAGUGUUGAGCCACCGAGUUGUCCAUCACCUUCUCUAUUAGCUGUGGAGUCUUCACUUCAUGGGUCUGCAACUGAGUGAAUGACUGAGUGUGUGCGUGGGGAGGAUGGAGUGUUUAAGUUUGUAUAUUAUGUGUUAAUGGAAGCGUGUGUGUAUGAACGCCUAAGAGGCUACUGCACCUUCUCCCUCAAUGAGAGGGAGAGGGCAAAACUGAACCGUUGUGGGACCAGUCCGAGUGCUGCUUUCUUUCCCUUCUCCUCUACGACAAAAGAAACACGGUGGAUCAGUUCUCAGAGGGGGCUCGAACCCUGGGGAGUUGACUCAGUGUGAAAACCAACAGUAGUCAGUGACAUCACCUGGUCAAACGACAGAAAAUGUGCUUAAUGGUUUGAGCGAGAUGGGAAAAUACAAACCUAGUUUCCCUUUCCAUGCAGAUGUUAACUCAAACAAUCUAAUACUAAAUGAAUACAUUGGAGUCAGUAGAUUCAUAUUUCCUUCCUCUUCCCUAAUGUAUUUUCUUCUCAAGCCAUAUUUGCCCUCCUAAAAUAUAAUAUGGACUGAACCAAAGUGACCGCAGGCUAUUUUAGUAGUGCACUGCUCCAAAUAUCCCCUCCGUGUCAAUAUUUGCCGGGCUCACGCUGAGCUGCGAUUCACCAGGCUGGUUCAGCAUGAUGCAUGUUGUGGCUAAACUGAUGUUUUUCUCCAAAGAGCCGAAGAAUACAGCCUUAUCCCUCCAACAUACCGCAAAUGGCCAUUUCCAUGUUGCUGCACUCGCAAAGUUAACAAACGCUUCCACCCCUGACAACCCAUCAAGAGAUUGUGGAAAAACAUUUAGCGAGUCAAAAACAGCCGGCUGAGCGGCGUCUGUGCCAGCUUUCUGAAAUUAGCCCUUUGCUUUUUCAACCCUGAGGGUAAAUUUAUGUUGAGAUCUGUGUCCAGUGGCAACGUCUUUCCAAUUGAACAUGUUACUGUGAGCUUUGAAUGACAUGGAGUUUUUUUUUUUUUGUUUUUUUUUUAGAGAACAUAUUUUAAUGAAAAACUAAUACCAACAAGAAUCAAAAUACCUUACGUGCCUAACCAAUCAUAAAUUACAAAAUAUACCUCUGGUAAGCUGCUGUUUACAUUUGUGAUCAUGUUUAGACUGUUUUUUUGUAAAUACUUGUACAUUCUCAGCUUAUUUAUUGCACCUUUUAUUAAAAAGAAAAAUCACAUACCUUAUUAACAGAGAGAGAUGCAAGAACGAAAUGAAUACAAACUUAUUUUUGAAAAUUUUUUAUUAUGAAAUCUCAUGUUACAACUUGCCAUUAUUCACUUUUUUUGUACAAAAUCCAUGGGUAGUGCACAACCCAUGACUCACGAGGAAAAAAAUACUUCUGUCACUGGAGUUCCUUAGACCAUGUGCUAUCCAUAAAACUUUUACUGACAAAAAAAAACUGCCGUGUGUCUGACUGUUUGUGUGUACCUGGGUUAGACAAUAAAUGGUGCCCUACAUCAUGCAGCACAUACCUUUCACAUAACCUGGGUCAAAGAGCAUUUGCAGUGUGAUGGGCGUAAUGGCGUAACAGGUGGGUGAAGUCACAGUUAGUCACAGAAAAGUGCGCUGAAAAGAAA